AUGAAUAAUGAUUUAGAAAGAUUCAUUCAAUUCACUGAAAGUGAUAUAUUUAAUAAAGAUCGAAGAAUUGAAAGCGAUUUAUAUCCAGUUACCUUAGGAGGGUAUUCAUUACUUGAAUUCUGUUGUUACCAUGGAGCAGUUGAUUGUUUCAAGUUUUUAAGAACAAAAUUUAACUCAGAAAUAACUCGAAAAUGUCUAGAAUUAUCAUUUUUAGGCGGAAAUCCAGAUAUCAUGAGUGGAUGUUUGAAAUAUCAAAAACCAAAUAAAUAUUGCAUGGAAAAUGCAAUUAUUUCACACAAUAUUGAUUUUGUUACAUUCAUGAUGAAUGAGUACAAUAUAGAUAUUGAUUUAAAUCAUUGCGGACAAUAUCAUAAUCUUGAAUCUUUUUUUGUUUGUUUCGAUCAAACUAAUGACUUUAACAAAUGCCUUUUUUAUUCAUCGAUUUUUGAUAUUCCAUCUGUUUGUGAAUACUUCCUUUCACAUGGUGCAGAUAUCAAUGGAAAAGAUGAAGAUGGAGAUACAGCACUUUAUAUUGCAGCGCGUUAUAAUUGUCCAGAAACUACCGAAUUUCUCAUUUCACAUGGCAUAAACAUCAAUGAAGCAGGAGAUAGAGCACUUCAAACCGCAGCAAGUUACAAUUGUAAAGAAACAGCUGAAGUUCUCAUUUCACAUGACAUAAACAUCAAUAAAAAAGAUGAAUAUGGAAAAGCCCCACUUCAUCUUGCAGCACUUUCUAAUUGUGCAGAAACUGCCGAAGUUCUCAUUUCACAUGGCGCGAAUAUCAAUAAAAAAGAUGGAAGCGGAGAAACAGCACUUCAUAUUGUAUCAUGGAAUAAUUCUCCAGAAACAGCUGAAGUUCUCAUUUCACAUGGUGCGAAUAUCAAUGAAAAAAAUAAAGAUGGACUAACUGCUCUUCAAAUUGCAGUCCAGAAUCGUAGUAAAAAAGCAGAAAAAGUGCUUAUUUCAUAUGGUGCGAAUUAA